UACCAGGAAAGCUAAAACGUGUUUUCAAGACUAGUCCUGCCUUUAACCGGAAUGUAAUCAUUCUCAGACGAUGGGACAGGAUCACAGAAGAAGGGUAAAACUAAAAGACUGACUUGGUAUGGCUCGUCGAUCUCAAUGUUCCUCAGCUGGGGAAAACCCUUUGGACCCUAACUACUUGCCUCCUCACUAUCGUGAGGAAUAUCGCCUGGCGAUAGAUGCCUUGAUUGAGGCAGAUUUAGAGGGCUACUAUGGGUAUCUCAGUGAAGUCAAUGUGGUGGAUUUUUUAUGUUUGCCAGAGAUUGAGUACAUCAAAUGCACUGUGCGAGAACCCCGCCAGACAGCCAAAACAGACAGAAGAUAUGCACUUGGAGAUGCAGAUGGCUCCUCAGAUACUUACUGGCCGACCCACUCAGAUCUUGAUGCCCCAGAGCUGGACUUGGGAUGGCCACAGCAACAUAGAUUUGUUGGGCCCACAGAAAUCACAACAUUAGUAAACCCCUCUGACCCUGAGAUGCCCAGUAUCAAGGAACAAGCCCGCAGAAUGAUCAGAAGUGCACAGCAGGUGAUUGCCGUGGCGAUGGACAUGUUUACUGAUAUUGACAUAUUUGCUGACAUUGUGAAUGCAGCAAUGCGCAAUGUGGCUGUUUAUGUGCUUCUGGAUGAAUAUAAUGCUCAGCACUUUGUUGCAAUGGCAAACAACUGCAGAGUAAAUCUAGAUGAAAUUAAAUUCAUGCGUGUUAGAACUAUCUCUGGCAGCACUUACUUUUGCCACACAGGAAAGUCUUUUAAAGGUCAGAUGAUGAAUCGCUUCAUGCUUGUGGACUGUAGAGUUGUUCUGAGUGGCAACUACAGCUUUAUGUGGUCUUUUGAGAAGAUCCAUCGUUGCAUAGCUCAUGUAUUUUUUGGAGAACUUGUGACCACCUUUGAUGAAGAGUUUCGAAUUCUGUAUGCCCAGUCAGAGCCUCUCAUUGCUACAAAUGCCAUUACAUAUGUAGAUGACUAUAGCAACUUCCCUGGAAGACAUCACAACAUAGAAAGUACCCAUGCCUUUAGGAAAGAAUAUCCUCCCUUUAAAGACAACUGCACAGAAUGGCUAAGGCAUUCGUUUGAUGAACACAUGAAUGUGGGCCCCAAAAUGAUGCCAUUAAGGAGGGGUGAAGUGUUCCACAGGUCCACAGAAGAUAUUCUUCCUCAUACAAUAAAUGCUACUCAACAGUUUAUAGGAGAGCAACCAUUUUUGGAGCAACGAAGACCCAUGAGAGGCCCUACCACUAAAGAGAUUGGCAGUUUUAAAGGAUCUGGACAUACAGGAGGGCCUAGUUUUGUCUAUGCACAGAAGAAUGCAGUAAACAUAGGGAAUUAUCAUGAUGAGAGUAUGGAGAUCCCGAGCCAUCAUUUUCCAAGAGAAGAAUAUUUCCAUCAGAGGCCUGGUCCUGGUUAUAAAAUAUAUGCUAAGCCAAGAGACCAAAGCUACCAUCAAUAUGAUCAAUAUUCAGACCCUGAUUUUGCCUCUGAAAAAAAUGAUGCAGAAGAAUCAGGAGAUUAUGACCAUGUACAAAGAUAUUUACAGUCAUAUCCUCCUAUGGAGGAGGAGCGUGAUGAGAAUGUGUUAGUACCUGUUAAGUCAGCUUCCAGGAGACAUAGUAUGGGGCAAAGCUUUGCAUGUCAGACCUCUGCAAUGCAGCUAAACUUACCAGAUCAAAAACAAUCAUUGAAUAUACGUAAUCGAAAAUCUGAACCAAAGGAAGGACUGCGAGUUUGGAGGAUAAGCUCAUAUCUGAGUGCACUUCGAAACACAGGACAGCCUGACAUUGAAGAUCUACAAAGUAGUGAUUCUUGUGAGGAUGUUCCCUAUGGCAGACAGGGAACACCUGAACCUGACAUUUCAACAACAAGACAAGAAAAAAAUUGGUUUACCAAGGGUCCCACUUCCAAGAACACCUUACCUGUCCAGCAAAUAAACAUUCCUGAGAUUACAGUUGAUCUUACAGAGGCUGUUGCUAUACCAACAAAUGCAGGGCCAAAACCAGCAUCAGCUUCAGAGUCAUCUUGUACUACUGAUGGUGACAACAAAGAACCUAAAGAAACUAACUCAUUCUAUGAAGAGUUUUUCAGAAAAAAGCCCAAUUUAGCUCUCCAGAAAAACUCAAGAUUGAGACACUCAUUAAUAUUUAACUCUAAACUGGACCAGGAUACUUUAGAGGAGAAAGGAAAUUCAUUAGACCAGACAGAUGAGGAUAAUCUGUCAAAACAAUCCUUUAUUGUUUCUAGUAUCCUUGAGAAAAAGAGACAUUCUACAAAGAAACCUAUACAGUGGACUGAUUUUAUAAAAUCAUCUGGUGAUACAGCUUCAGAUUCCACACAGUCUGAAGACCUUUCCAGCAAAACAGGGGAAACAUCUGAAGAAAAGAAAUGGGAGACUCCUCAGAUUCAAAAGGUUGCUCAAGAGGAAAUAUGCAUUGCUUCUCAAAAGACACAACCUCAGGAUUACCUUUCUGAUAAGCCAAAAACAACUCAAUCUUCAUUUGUUCUUUCAGAUAGGGGAGUCCCUUUUAUAGAUAUGAAUGAUCCUGAAUGUAGACUUCGUUUUUUUAAAGAACUAGCAGCUAAACGCAAAGCUGAACAGGCUCCAGAGAAACACAUGGACACAUCCUCCAAAGAGCCUGAUAAACCAGAGACUGCCCCCACCAGUGACACAGCAAAAGAAAAAGUGCCUGCUUUAAAGAGCUCUAAGAAAACACAUGCUGCAACAGACGACAUUUCUGCAUCUCCUCAGACACGACCUGUAAGCACUUUGGAGAAUUCUAAAGACACUAUUGCCUCACACCUUAGGCCCAAAGUAUCCAUUCAUACCAGUGGGGCACAAGAACGCACUUUCAAAGAUGACAGGUUGAUUGCAACAACAGCCACAGAUGCAGAGAAAAUUAAGCAUAAGAAAAAACUAUCAGAAGACUGUGACUCAUCCUUAGACAUAGCACAAGAAGAAAGUGCUACUACAAAACCAAGAGACGACUUAAUGACACAAACAAAACACACUAACCUGUUUAGUAAAAUUCCACAUAUCUCUUCCCCAGAGUUUAUAUUUACAAGAAACAAACUACCAGAUGUUACUGAGUCAGGGUCUAGUUUACUUUGCCUAAGUAAUCUAAAACUUGAUUCAGUGGAUUCUCAGGUCCACACAGCUGCAAACAACAAUGCAAAUGUUAAUGCACAAGAGACAAGCUCCUCUGUGAAUGAUUUUUUAUUAGAUGUUUUAGCAGCAAAUCCAAUUUCACCAAUACCUUCUUUAAAUAUCACUACAACAGGGACACAUCCUCCUAAAAAGUCUAAUUUAUCAGAAACAAGUGCUUCACAACAGUCUACUCCAGUUGAACUUGGCCAGGCUAAACAUCUUGCUUCUACAAAUGGACUUACUUUCACACAUACUACUGCAUCACAGACAGGUCAUUGUAAAAAGUCCAUUGCAUCAGAGGUUGUCCAUGCUGAACAUUCUGGCACAACAGACACAGCUUCUUCUAUGGACAUCACUGUUAUACAUACAGACCAACAUCCAACAUGCCCUUCCCAAAUUCCCACUGCUACAGAGGCAUUCCCUUCCCAAGUUUCCAAUACAACAGAGACACGUCUUUCCCAAAUUCCCACUGCAAAUAAGACAUCCCCUUCAAAACUUCUCACUGAAACAGAGACAUGCCCUCCCCAACUUCCUACUGAAAAGAAGACAUGCCAUUCCAAGCUUUCCAAUGCCACACAGACCGUGCCUUUCCAGCAAACCACUGCAACAGUGACAAAUUCCCUCCAUUCCACUUCUGUAAUGACUUCCCCUGUGGUGACCGGCCCUCCUCAACAUGUCCCAUCUGCAAAGACAGACACUUCUCAACAUACUGCUGAAAGAAGCACAGAUACUGUAAAACACCCCACUGUAAUGGAGACUAGGUCUCCUCAGCAGUUCUUUGCCACAGAGACAGGGCCUUUACAGCAACCUUCUGCAGAACCAGAUUCUUUACAACCUGCCACUUCCACACAGACUGGUCUUUCCCAAUCUGUCUUUGUUGGAGUGACAGACACUCCUCAAUGUCCCGCUGAAAUAGACACUAGCACUUUAAAAUAUCCCACAGUAAUGGUGACUACAGAUUUUCUACAAAAUCCAUCUGCAACAGAGUAUGAUCUUUCUCGACAUUUGUCUGCUGCAAAGACAGACAGUUCUCAACAUCCUGUUAAAACAGACACUGGCAAUUUAAAACAUUCCACUGUAACAGAGAGUGGGUCUUCUCAACAUCCUUCUCUGACAAAGAUAGAGCCUUCCCAGCAGUCCAUUGCUACAGAGACAGCUUCUCAACAAAAUCCCACUGCAACAGAAACUGGUCAUUUCCAACAUGUUACAAAGACAGAUACUCCUCAAUGUCCUCCUGAAACAGACACUAGCACUUCAAAAAACUCCACUGUAACAGAUACUGUGCCUUCCCAACAUCCCUCUCUCACAAGGACAGGGUCUUCUAAUAAACCUACUAAAACAGAGACAUAUUCUCUUCAAAAUGCCUCUGCAACAGAGUCUGAUCCUUCUCAACAUGUGUCCACUGUAAAGACAGACAGUUCUCAAUGUCCUCCUGAAACAGACACUGGAAAUUUAAAACAUUCCAGUGUAACAGAGACUGGGCCUUCUCAACAUCCCUCUCCUGCAAAGACAUGGCUUAUCCAACAACCCACAGCUACAGAGACAGAUUCUCUACAAAAUCCCACUGCAGCAGAGACUGGUCCUUCCCAACAUGACUCAGCUGCAAAGACAAACACUCCUCAACCUUCUCCCAAAACAAACACUGGUAUGGGGACUGUACCUUCCCACCAUCCCUCUGAGACAAAUGCAGGACCUUCACAACAACCCACUGCUACAGAAAAAUGUUCUCUUCUUCCCACUGCAGCAGAGACUAGUUCUGAAGAACCCCUUGAAACAGAGACAGGUACUUUAGAGCAUCCCACUGUAAUGGAGACUGGUCCUUCCCAACAUUACUUUGCUUCAAAGACAGAUACUCCUCAAUAUCCUACUGAAACAGACAUGGGUACAAUCACUUUAAAACCUUCCACUGUAAUAGAGACUGGUUCUUCCCAAUCUUCCACUGCUACAGAUAAAGAUUAUCUACAAAAUCCCACUGUGACAGAGACAGGAACUGCAAAACACCCCACUGGAACUUCAGUGGAGACUGGUACCCCCCCAGAGAUGGGGCUUUCCCAACAACCCACUGCAAUGGAGACAGAUUCUUUUCAACAUGCAUCUGCUAUAGAGACUGUGCUCAUCCAACCACCCACAGCUACAGAGACAGAUUCUCUACAAAAUCCCACUGCAGCAGAGACUGGUCCUUCCCAGCAUGUCCCUGCUGCAAAGACAGACACUACUCAACAUUCUCCCAAAACAAACACUGGUAUGGAGACUGUUCCUUUCCACCAUCCUUCUGAGACAAAUGCAGGACCUUCACAACAACCCACUGCUACAGAAAAAUGUUCUCUUCCAAAUCCCACUGCAGCAGAGACAGGCACUUUAGAGCAUCCCACUGUAAUGGAGACUGGUUCUUUCCAACAUGUCUUUGCUGCAAAGACAGAUACUCCUCAACAUCCUCCUGAAACAGACAUGGGUACAAUCACUUUUAAACCUUCCACUGUAAUAGAGACUGGUUCUUCCCAAUCUUCCACUGCUUCAGACAGAGAUUCUCUACAAAAUUCCACUGUGACAGAGACUUGUCCUUCCAAACAUUUCUCUGCUGAAAAGACGGACACUUCACAACCCCUACCUGAAACAGGCACAGGAACUUCAAAAAACCCCACUAAAACAUCAGUGGUGACUGGUACCCCCCCAGAGAUGGGGCUUUCCCCACAAACCACUGCAAUGGAGACAGAUUCUUUACAACAUUUAUCUGCUGGUCCUUUCAAGCAUGUCUCUGUUACAAAGACAGACAGUUCUCAAAAUCCCCCUGAAACAGAUGCUGGAAGUUUAAAACAUUCCAGUGCAACAGAGACUGGUCCCUCUCAACACAUCUGUGCUACAGAAAUAGAGCCCUCCAAACUAACCACUGCAACAAAGUUUGACACUGAGAAUUCCUCUGAAGCAAAAAUAGGCAAUUCUGAACUUUCAUCUCUGAAGUCUUCUUUACAUUGCACAAAAGCAGAGAAAGAAACUCAUCUAAUUAAUAAAGACCCAAAUUCUAUUGGUAGUUUAUCUUCAAUAACAGAUAAUAAUCUUGUGGAUAGUUCAGCAGAUCAUUUAAACUUAACCUUAACGGAUAAGCUAACAACUCAGGACAACACCCAGUCAGGUUCAUGUUUAUUAUCAAACCCUGACAAUGACUUGUGCAGUUCAGAUCAGCCUAAAUCUGAUGAAAUCAAAAAUGAAAAGCCCAAAAAGGACGAAAAACAACAGCAAGUACAAAUUAUAGACUCUGUGAGCCCAGGGGCCGUAAGCUUUAAUGAAGACAAUGAGGUACAAAAAAUACAAGAAAAUACAGAACAAGUAGAAAGUCCUAGAUGUAGCCAUGCUGAGCUGGAAGCAGAAACAUGUCAGACCACAUGCUCUGACUCUGUAAAUCAGCAACCUCUCAGUGCAGAAAACUCUACUCGUUCAAGUCAUCAAUCAUCUACUGUAAAUCUUCUGUCAUGCAGCAAUCUUAGAGAUGACACUAAAGUCCUUUUAGAGCAGAUAUCUGCAAAAAACCAGGAAAAAGCGUCAAAGUUGAACCCAAGUGUGGAUGAGGCUAAUGACAACCUUAAGUUAGAUAAACAGAUGACUGUACGUCAUAGGACCCAUACUUGGUCUGCCAAGGCUUCACCCAAAGAACGAGAAGAGUUACUUGAAAAAAUGGAGAAAAAAAGGAAAGAGAGAAUUUACAGCCGUUUUGAGGUACCAUAAACUGGAUGUAUGAAAGAAGAGGAAUGGUAAAAUGAAUCAGAACACUGAAAUUUGGUCUUCAGAGUAUCCAACCUGUGUAAAUAGACCCUUUAAGCUGUCUAGCUAGCUGCUUACUGUGUAGAGUGCUGAAUGAGAUAAGCGUUCUUAAGUACCAUGGACCUGGGUGUAUUACUGAAUGGAGGCUGUUCUCAUUCUUAAUUAGCACUUAUGUGUUGUUCUUGACACAUUUGUCUGUAAACUGUAUAUUGUAAGUUCAGAUUUAAGUCUUAUAUUUAUGUAAAAUAACAUGUCUAGUGGCUUCUUAAAGUAGCAAAGGUAAAUUCAUCAAUUGAAUGGAAAAAAAACAGAUUUACAGUUGUCACCUGUUAUUGCCUUACCAUAUUAUGUAGUUCUUUUGAAUUAACAUUAUAUUGGUUUAAUAUUGUUUUCUUAAUUUCUUCAAACACAUUUAAUGGUGCACUGUAU